UAACUCUCAACUCUCUACGCAUGUGUGCGUGUGUAUCAAUAGCACUUUCGAUUGCGCGAUGUCAGUUACACACACACACAAAAACAUUUCGCACGCUCUGGCUCUCCAACUCUCUCACUUGGACUAUGUAAACAACUCUUGAUAAUCCAUUUAUUGGCACUCAUUUAGUCGGUGUGUUGUCGGCGUCGAAGCAAGUAAGUCGAUUCCGAUCAUUCACUUGCACUAUGGAAUUGUUGCUUCGUUUACUGUUAAUAUUCGUUAAAUUUGUUGCUAUUAUUGUGAACGCGCUACAAAGUGCGUAUAUCUGGGCACGUGGACGUCGCAUAAAACCCUAUGGCCUACCAGCAAACAGUAAUCCCCUGCUGUCGCUUAGCAUUCAGGAGCUGCGCAUGCGACUUUGCACUCGGCAGAUAACUGCUGUUGAGCUGGUAGGCGCUUAUAUAGAGCGCAUAAAAGACGUGAAUAGCCGUCUGAAUGCAGUCGUGUCGGAUCGUUUCGAGCAAGCGUUGCGGGAAGCUGCAACUGUUGAUGAGCGCAUAUAUGAAUGUGGCGAUGACGUGGCACAGCUGUUCGAGAGGCAGCCGCUACUGGGUAUGCCCGUCACCGUGAAGGAGUCCUGCGCCCUGGCCAACAUGUCUUUUACGGUGGGCAGCCUGAGUAGAAGCGAGCAAAAGGCAACAGAGGAUGGCGUUGUGGUUGCCCGGAUACGCGCUGCUGGAGCGAUACCCUUGCUGGUGUCAGCCACGCCCGAGUACUGCUAUUCGACGAAUACGGACACUUUGCUUAAUGGGCGCUGCGUGAAUCCAUUCGAUUUUGAGCGCACGCCGGGCGGCAGCUCAGGCGGAGAGGGCGCAUUGAAUGGAGCUGGCGCCUCGCUCUUUGGCAUCGGCUCGGACAUUGCUGGCUCCAUACGUAUUCCCAGUCUCUUCUGUGGCAUCUUUGGCCACAAGCCCACUGGCGGCGUGGUGACACCCGCAGGCCACUUUCCUGACUCCAGCGAUGCAGACUUCCAGCGAUAUUUGGUGCUGGGCCCGAUGUCGCGCUUUGCAGUGGAUCUCUCCCAGCUGCUGGAGCUGAUGGCCGGCGAGCAGGCGGCGCAGCUGCGUUUGCAUGAGCCUCUCCAGCUGAAGCAGCUGCAGGUGCACUACGCUUUGGGCUUUGAAGGUCUCAAUGGUUGGAUGCAUCAGGACGUGGAGCAGGAAAUCAAAACAUCUAUACUCAAGGCUGUGAAACACCUGCAAAAACUGGAAGUUCCUGUGCAGCGGGCAAAUCUGAGGAGCUUCAACAAUUCCCUGGAAAUCGCGCUCAGUGGCAUUGCACGUUUAGGUCACAUGCCGUUUGUGUUGGACGCUGGACCCGCAGCUGGAGCUGAGGGCAAAGUGCUGGAAACGUUGAAGCAGCUAAUUCGAAGUCUUUGUGGCAAAUCUUCUUAUAAUACGAAUUCCCUAAUCUUUGACCUAAUGCGACGGUGCAAUGCGUUUAUGCCCGCCCCCCGGCUAGAGCAGUAUCGCCGUGAGGCAGUGGCGCUCACUCGAGAGUUGACUCAAUUGCUUGGUGAAAACGGCGUCUUGCUCUUUCCCACAAUGCAUGCACCAGCUCCGAAGCAUGGCUGGACACCUUUGCAGCUGUGGGGCGUGGAUUAUACUCUGCUGCUUAAUGUGCUGGGUCUGCCGGCAACGCAUGUGCCCAUGGGAAUUAAUGGAAAGGGUUUGCCCAUUGGAUUCUCGGUGAUUGCAGCUCCUUAUCAGGAUCGUCUUUGCCUGCGUGUGGCUGUAGAAUUGGAGCGCGCCUUUAGCGGCUGGCAACCACCAACUUCCAAACAACCUUAGAUUAAUUUGCUACACUCGAACUAAAUGAACUUAUUAAAUUUAAAUUU